CCGCCCCCGUCACGUGACGCGGCCGCACUGUGGCCUCAGCGGCCGCCAUGUUGUUGCGGGGCCCCGGGUCGGGCCGGGCCGGGGAUGGCGACGUCCGGCAGCAACUGGCUCUCCGGGGUCAACGUGGUGCUGGUGAUGGCCUACGGGAGCCUGGUGUUUGUGCUGCUCUUCAUCUUUGUGAAAAGGCAGAUAAUGCGCUUCGCCAUGAAGUCCCGCCGGGGGCCCCAUGUGCCGGUUGGACAACACGCCCCCAAGGACCUGAAAGAGGAAAUUGACAUUCGCCUCUCAAGGGUACAGGACAUUAAGUAUGAACCCCGGCUCCUGGCUGAAGAUGAUGCUAGGCUCCUGCAGCUAGAGACACCAGGAAGCCAAUGUUGCUAUAACUACUUGUACAGAAUGAAGGCACUGGACGCAAUCAGAGCUUCUGAGAUCCCAUUUUAUGUAGAAGGCCGACACCCCCAGUCCUUAAUGGGAAAGAAUUUCCAUGCCUACCUGUUGGAGCUGAGAAAUUCCAGCACUCCAUUCAGAGGCAUUCGCAAAACCUUGAUUGACACCCUCCUGGAUGGGUAUGACACUGCACGCUAUGGGACAGGGGUCUUUGGGAAGACGGAAUAUCUGAAGUACCAGGGUGCCCUAACUGAGCUCACGAACAUUAUCAAAGCGCGAGGGGGCAGCAGCCAGAGGCAGCACCAGUCAGCAGCGAAGGAUCUCACGCUCUCGCCUGAUGUCUCCAACUCAGCCACCAUCCAGGUCACCUACCUGCCUUCCAGCCAGAAGAGCAAACGUGCCAAACACUUCCUGGAGCUGAAGAGCUUCAAGGACAACUACAACACGCUGGAGAGCACCCUGUGAGCUGUGCCAGGAGCACUGCUCCUGGGACCUGCCACCGAGAGCCCCUUGCUGGGUGGGGCAAGUCACAAGUGGCUUUUGGCAGCAGUCCAUGUCCAGGUGGUAGCUGGAAGGCGGGAAGUCACUGGGCUCAUG